GCUGGAGCGUCAACAGAGGGUUUACUGCAAGAAAAAAAAAAAUUUAAGAGUUAAACCUCCCCCCCACCACCACAACAACAACCUCUUCCUCCCCCGCCUCAAGGAUAAAAGGACGACAAAACACCCGCUGCUUCAAAGGAUCAGUAUUAAGGGAGACAUAAAAGGAGGAACUUUAUCCUCAUGUGGAUUACUAAAUUGAGGAUGGCCUUUUCAUCCCAUUGCCACACAUCCCCUUCCCUCCUCCUCUUCCUCUUCUGUUACCCGCUCCCACAUCUAUGCCAGACGACGCAGACUAAAAACAGCAGCAUUGCCGGUCCUACAGCCAACAACGGAGCCACUACAGCUUCACCAACCACCGCCAGUUUGACAACAUCAUCCGUCCAGCUCGGCAACUCCUCAAACUCCACCUCCCAGAGUGCCGUGCCAGGCUGUGAGGCGGGGUUCCUUCCCAUCUACACUUACCUGUGUGACAGGCAGUCAGCAUGGGGCAUCGUGUCGGAGAGCCUGACCUCUCUCGGCUUCCUGGUCAGCAUCGGGCUCCUAGUGGGCCUCCUGUGCUGGACUUUGUGGGUCUGCGUCUUUGCGCAGCGCCAGCGGGGCGGCAUUGGAGGCACGGUGGCCUCCUUGUCCUUGUUCCUGAUUGGCACAGCGGGGGUCUUUGCCAUCACCUUCGCCUUCAUCAUCCACCUCACGCCUAAGACGUGCCCCACGCGGCUCUUCCUCUUCGGGGUCUUGUUCUCUCUGGCCUUCUCCUGCCUGUUGGCACGCUGCCUCGCUCUGCUGGGCUUCGCCGUGGCCCGAGGCUGGGGCGAGCCUGCCACGGCCCUCGGGCUCUUCGUCGUGCAGGUUGUCAUCGCUACCGAGUGGUUGAUCAUUGUAUUAGUGCGAGACGGUAGGCCCUGCGAGUACAGCACCGGCGAGUUCGUCAUGCUCCUGAUCUACGUGCUGUGCCUGCUGGCCAUCGGGUUGCUUCUCUCCCUGCGCUGCCUGUGCCGCUCCUGCUUCACCUACAGCUACAGCUACGCGGGGGCCACACGCAAGCGAGGCCAGGUGCAGGCUACGUUGCUCUGCCUCACACUGCUGCUAUCCGCCUGCAUCUGGGUUGUCUGGAUCGCUCUGCUCAUCAGGGGAAACCGGGAGAUGGGACGCCAGCCGCAAUGGGAUGACCCGGUGCUUAGUGUAGCUUUGGUGGCCAACGGCUGGGUGCUCCUGCUAGGACAUGGCAUGGCCCAGGUGGCCUUCCUCUGCAUGGGGGAGGCAAAAUCCAAGGAUGGCCCGCUGAGCUUCGCCGGUUGGACAAGCCCAAGCGGGGCGAUUCCAGGACUGGGCAGCCAGAAGGAAGGGAGGGAGAACGGGAGCUUUGAGAACGACGGCGAGGACAAGAGAGGCAGGAGAGUCGAACGGGACUUGAGAUCACCAUACGAGUCUGGAUUCUCCAUGACAGAAAUAGACCCUGACAAAGAUUACACCAUUCCUCGCCCCCAGACCACCAACAUCAGUGAACCUUAUGAUGAAUACUACAGGCAGCCUCUCUGAUUAAGAUCACACCGAUUUUCCUAUCUGCUUUAACCCACACAUGCACACACACAAACUGCCUAUACAGGUUGGCACAAGCUCAUGCACACAUACAUGCAAACUAGGGAUACUGGUAUCAGAUAUUGGGCCGAUACCAGGAUAAUAUAGAGUAUCGGUAUUAGAGAUUUUAAGCGAGACUGAAACAUGACACCAAAAGCAAUGAGUAAUAAGUCAUAAAUAAAAGUAAAAUGGCUUGAUUUACUGCAUUUUUUGGCACACGGAAGCCUGUAUUUCUUCAAUGGUGUAAAAGAAAUAUUCUAUCUUGACCCCAAACUAAUGGUCUAAGUCUGCAUUGUUCAGCACAAGUAACGGAUUGGAUGGUACUCGGUACUGGCCGAUACUUAAAAUAUUCAUACUCAGUAUUGGUAUCGGCAAUGAAAAAGUUAUAUCAGUGCAUCCCUAGUGCAAACACAACGAUAGCUGAACAUCGAUCAAUGCAGAUAGAAAUUCAAGGCUGAACCAACUCGCACACUAGCGUGUAGCACCACGAUGCACGUGCCGCAGAAAUAAAGAUGUUUUGCAAACCAUUUUGAAUGUACAAAUGUAAAUACUUUUGUUUAGGAUAUUAUUUGAACUCUUACAGGAAAAUAAAAAUUCACUAUGCAAAAAAAAAAAAGGAAAAAAAAUAAUAAAAAAGCAAUGUUACACUCAUCUAUUUGGUUCACAUCAGUGGGGCUGGAUAGAUUCCUCUGUCUGGAUCCAGAUCAAACGUUUGCUGGAUGUGUCUAUGAUCUGUGUGUGUGUAUAUAUAUGUGUGUGUGUGUGUGUGUGUGUGUCGCUCUGAGACAGUGUGCAAUAGCCCUGAGGUGAUAGGGGAGGCAUGAAACUGUCCCUCUGAAGGUGCCAAGCUGCUGUGGAGAGCAGAGGCAUGUGUGAAGGGAGGAGAGAUUACAAGACAGUAGGUAUGAGAGAGAGAGAGAGAGAGAGAGAGAGAGAGAGAGAGAGAGAGAGAGAGAGAGAGAGAGAGAGAGAGAGAGAUGAGACGUGUCAGAGCUGUGGGACACUCAUGUCUGCCAUGAUUUAACACAGCCGUAUCCAAAAUUAAUUUACGCUAAUGGGCUCUUACAAUGAGACCUACCUUGAGAGGGCUACCAGCACCGCCAGCACGACGAAUGACUCUUGUCCAAAAUACCUUUUCAAAAACGUUUUUUACAGCACAUGUUGAUAUGAGUGAUACAUUGCAAGCGUUGUUAAUAAACAGUUGAUGCAUAAAAGCCCGCAUUUGUUUGUGCUUCUCUUCAAAUCCCAGCCAUUGCACUUCCCGUA